AUGGAGCCGCAGCUGGCUGAAGCUGCCGGCACAGCUCAGCUCCCACGUCCGCUGGCCCGGGGCUGGUGUGCCUCCCACCCUUCCACCCUCCACAUGGUCAUUGAGGCGCUACGGGCCCAGGAUGAGAAGAAGGGCACCUCUGUGGUUGCCAUCAAGCGGUUCAUCCUGGCCAAGUACCCCACUGUAGACCCCAUCCGCCUCAAGUACCUGCUGAAGCAGGCACUGAGCAGGGGGCUGAGCCGGGGGGACCUGGUGCGGCCCCGCAACUCCUCUGCCGUGGGGGCCACCGGCCGCUUCAAGUUAGCCCCCAAGAACCUGCAGAACAACCAGCCACCAGGCCAGGCAGAUCCCGAUGGAGGACAGGCUCCGAAGCCGGGACGGAAAAGGACCACCAAGCCCGCCAGGGCCCCAGCAGCAGGCACGGUGAAGGAGAAGCCAACAGUGAAAGCAGCAAAGGAGAAGGUGACAGCAGCAAAGGCACAGGAGAAGCUGGCAGCAUCAAAGCAGAAACCGACAGUGGCGAAGGCGAAGCCCAGAGCAGGGCGAAGCCCGUGGGUGCGAGCAUGGCCCAGUGGUGAGGCUGGGUGGCUCUGGGCAUGGCGGCAGCCUGAGGUGCUCUCUUCCCUCCAGGCCCAGCCACCAGCAACAGCGAAGCCCAGGAGAGAUAGAGGGAAGCCCCUGCAGGCUGCCAACCGCCCUGGCAAAGGACAUUCACAGCCCGCCGUGGCUCUGGCUGCUGAGGAUGCAGGAGGAGGCGAUGGCCACAGCCUUGCGGGUGCUGGGGCAAAGGGAGCCCGAAAGGCCCCAGUGGGAAAGAGCAAGGGGAAGGCGCCUAAGGGGGAACAGCAAGAUGUCCCCAAGGUGCAGGGGGGUCAAGGCAAGGCAAGGAAGCCCCGGGCGGCCCCAGGAGCCGGCCAAGGGGAGGCCGGGCUGCGGAAGGCAGCCCCCCUGGCAGCAGGCAGGAAGGCACCAUAGGGGACCCAGGUGGCCCCGCUCCUUGUGGGAGCCCAGCCCUGCUUCCAGCCCUCGGGGUCCAGUUUGGUUUUAGUCCCCAGGACAGGUUUUAGCAAGAGGUGAACACAGAGUUAAUAAAGU